AGAGAAAAUGGCGGCCACACACACACACAGAGGUGAUGUGUGUAUUGAUGGCUGUGUGUCUGUGUGCGUGUCUGCGUGUCCAUGGAAGGAGGAUUGAUGCUGGGGCGCCGUGCCAAUGAGGUCGACCUUGUUCAUGUCACAUUGUCUGUGGAAACAAAGUGGACACACAAAAAGGGUCUCAAGGAACCUCACACCAUACUCAUCCCCUCACACAAAGACAGAGAGAGACCAGAUACGUCCUUUAUCACAUGGCCGGCGGCCCAAAUAUAGGUGGCAGCGAGCAGUCCACCACAGUGGGCCGCCGCUCCAUGUCUCCCACACCACACGACCACCACAACCCGUGUGGCCACGCACCUGGAUCACCCCCACGCCCGUAGCCACGCACCACCACAGCCGGCGAUCCAUCAGCACCAGCCGGCAGCAACGCGUGCGGGCUCGCGUCCCUCCCCUCCCGCUCUUCUCGAAGGCGCCUUCGCGAAUGUUGAGAGGUGGGCACUAGGUCGUGAGGCGACUGGUUAGCCAUGUCGAGUGCUGGAGAAACGCGGAAUGUCGGUGGUGCGGGGGGGAUGUCGAAAAGGAUGGGCCGCGACGCUCUGGGGAGGGAUGGUGGACGUGGGUGUGGGCGUGAUGGUGGCAGUGUGGGCGAUGGCGGGCAUGGGAAUCCGAUUUGGUCGAGGGUCCAUGCGGCCAUGUCUCGCUGGAGCUGCACAUCCUCUGCCACAUCCAGCUGCCACUGCAGAACGAAAUGAAGGAAGGAGAGGUGGUCACAGCAGGUGUGUGAGCAUAUGGUCGGUCACCUGUGUGACGGUCCACCAUAUGCGGAACGCCCUCAUCUUCUUCUUCAGCAGCUUCUGCCGCACCACCCCCACAAUCCUCCGCACACCGAGCUGCGCAUUCACCUCCCGGAUGGCUCUCAUGGCCGCCCUGUAGUGGUCCACCUCUGCCAACAAACACCCGACAAACACACCUUUCCGUGUCAUGCCUCCCGCCCUCCCAAUCCGCCCAUCCCACACACACACACACCCUGCACAGCGUGAUGCUGGGUCAAUGCGACAGCUGGUGAGAGAAUGAGGCGCAUGAAGGGCAUCAGGGCACGCCGCAUGCACUGAUGCAGCACACGCUGAACCUUCUCCACUGCAAUCUUCUGCGAAGCCUGUCCAACAGACAGAAUGAGCUCCUGCCAUGAUUGAUUGCCAUGAUGACGGACGGCAGAUGCGGGCAGGUGUGUGUACCUACCAGCAAAGGCGCCCCUUUCUUGCGAACGCGCAGAAGGACAGGCCGAGAGAGGCGAUUCCGCAGCUCAUCGAGGCUGAGGCCUUGGGCCACGAUGGCCAAUCUAACGAGUCCCUCUUUUUUGACGCGCUCGCCGUACAGCCGCCACAUUCUACAUCCACACACGAACACUCGAUGUGUCUCAUCCAUCGCCUUGGCCCUUUCGUCUCUGUGUGUUCUGACCUGUGCAUCCGUCCGACCCCUCCACCGAUUCGAGCCCACUUGCGCCACUUUGAAGGCGACACAGCAGCAGGCCCCAGCACCCCGGCAUCCCCGGCGCCCCUCUCAGCGGGCCAGCCAUCGUCUUCGGCGACUCUUCUUGACGCCGCUAUCGCCUCACUCCCACUUCCCUGGUCUUGCACGAGGGCUGAAGUGGUCCUUGCUUCGGCUUCACGACUAUCGUCUUCUCUUGGCGGCUCGUCGAUGGGCUCAGGUGGAACGUAGAAGGCACUCCAGUCUCCCCCUCCUUCAUCUCCUUCAUCUUCGCUCGGGGCUCUGGAUACCUGACCUGAAGAGGCACGGGAGGAGGCUGCCCUUGACGGAAUGGCCUCCAUCCGAUUUCGUUAUGCUUUAUUCAC